AUGCGUUUAGAAAACUUAUUGACCACUGCUUCCUUAUUAGGAGCUGCCGUUGCUGCCCCAGCCAACCACGAACACAAGGAAAAGCGUGACGUUGCUGUUGUCACUUCCACUGUUACUGCUCACAACACUGUUGUUGUUUAUGCCACUACUGUUGUCGGAGCUUCUGACAAACAAGAAACUCAAGCUGCUGCUGCUCCAGAAGCUGCAGCCGUCACCACCGCUGAAGCUUCCGCCACUGCUGUCGAAACUGACAACGCUGCUACUUCUUCCACUGAAGAAGUUGCCACUUCUAGCUCUUCCGCUGCUACCGAUUCUUCCUCUGACUCUGCUGUUAAAGGUAUCACUUACUCUCCAUACAACGCUGACGGUACUUGUAAAUCUACCUCUGAAGUUGCUGACGAUUUUGCUGAAUUAACUGCUUACCCAAACAUCAGAUUAUACGGUGUCGACUGUGAUCAAGUCGCUAAUGUCUUACAGGCUAAGUCUGAUGACCAAAAACUUUUCUUAGGUGUCUAUUACAUGAACGCUAUUGAAAGCGGUGUCCAAACUAUUGCUGAUGCCAUUGCCUCAUAUGGUUCUUGGGAUGAUGUUGUCACCGUUUCCAUCGGUAACGAAUUAGUCAACGGUGGUGAAGCUACCACCGACCAAGUCGAAUCUUACAUUGAAACUGGUAGAACUGCUUUAACUGCUGCUGGUUACACUGGUCCAGUUGUCUCUGUUGAAACAUUCACUGCUGUUUUAAACAACCCAGUCUUAUGUGACUACUCCGACUAUAUGGCUGUCAAUGCUCACGCUUACUUCGACUACAACACUGUCGCUGAAGAUGCUGGUUCUUGGUUAUUAAACCAAAUUGAAAGAGUCUGGUCCGCUUGUGACGGCAGCAAGAAGGUCGUUAUUACUGAAUCUGGUUGGCCUUCACAAGGUGAAACCUACGGUGUUGCUGUUCCAUCUAAGGCUAACCAAAAGGCUGCCAUCGCUGCAAUCACUGAAAGUUGUGGUGAUGACACAUACUUGUUCACUGCUUUCAAUGACUUAUGGAAGGCUGAUGGCUCAUAUGGUGUUGAAAAAUGGUUUGGUAUUUUAUCUGAUGAAUAA